CGCCAUUCAACUUCUUCAUUUGCGGCGGCAAGAAAGAAUUGAGCACGUUACAGUUUUUUUAAUUUAUUCAACAAUUCCACAAAUUUGGCGUGAUCACCGCCCUACGUCGUCAUCACCGAUACAAGUUGCUAGUAGGCAAGGGGGGUCCCUGUCGGUGAAGUACCACCGUCGCAUCGCUAGAGGAACGGAUUCCAGAUAGGCUUUGUUUGUGGAUGAGCUCCAUCACCUCCUUCAGAAAUGUGGACGGAUAUAAGGAAAAUCCUACUCUUUCAUUUAUUAGUCCUGAAACUCCAUUCCUCAAAAGGAACUACAGAGACGGAAUGUGAGGAUGGACAGUUUCAGUGUAACAACAAAAGGUGUAUACCUACAAUUUGGAGGUGUGACGAUGACGAUGACUGCUCAGACAAUAGUGACGAGGAAAACUGCGCCAAGAAGACGUGCGCCCCAGCAGAGUUUGCCUGCAUGAACGGGCAGUGUGUUCCCGGACGCUGGCGCUGCGAUGGUGAACCAGAGUGCCCGGACGGUUCGGACGAGGCAGAUGCCACCUGCAGCAGACAGACGUGUCCCCCGGAAAAGUUUGACUGCGGCGGCUCCACCAACAAGUGUGUCUCGUUGUCGUGGCGAUGCGACGGGGAGAAGGACUGCGAGAACGGCUCGGACGAGGAGGACUGCGCGGCGGACGCCAAGGCCUGCCCCAGCGGAGAGUUCCAGUGCGCCAACCGCAAGUGCCUGGCGCCCGCCUACGCGUGCGACGGCGACGACGACUGCGGCGACGGCAGCGACGAGCUCCGGUGCUCCGCCGCCCCCACCUGCGGCCCCCACCAGGUCCGCUGCAACUCGUCUGAGUGUGUGCCCGUCAUGUGGGGCUGCGAUGGGGACCCGGACUGCUCCGACGGCUCCGACGAGUGGCCGGAGCGCUGCGGCGGUGACGGCGGCGGCGCCCACCCCUACCCCCCCCCCCACGGCCGCAGGGCCAACUGCACGGCCGGGGAGUUCCGCUGCGCCAACGGGGAGUGCGUGCGGCUGGCCUGGAAGUGCGACGGAGACCCCGACUGCAAGGACAAGUCGGACGAGGUGGACUGCCCCCUGCUGACGUGCCGGCCUGAUGAGUUCCAGUGUGGAGACGGUGCCUGCAUACACGGCACCAAGCAGUGCAACAAGGUCCACGACUGCCCCGACCGCAGUGACGAGGCCGGCUGUGUCAACGCCACCCGGUGUGAGAGCCCCCUGAAGUUCCUGUGUAAGAACGGCGAGUGUAUCGACAGCGCUAAGGUGUGUGACUCAGUGAAGGACUGCAAAGACCGCUCCGACGAGCCCAAGAAAGAGUGCGGGCUCAACGAGUGCAUGCUGAACAACGGCGGCUGCUCCCACGUCUGCGUGGAUCGACCAAUCGGCUACGAGUGCCAGUGUCCCCUAGGUUACCAGCUGCUGGAUAAGAGGACGUGUGGAGACAUAGAUGAGUGUGAGAACCCUGCAGCCUGCAGCCAGACCUGCAUCAACUACAAAGGAGACUUCAAGUGUGAGUGCUACGAGGGCUACGAGAUGGACCCUGUCACCAAGACCUGCAAAGCCGAGGGGAAGAGCCCCUACCUGCUGUUCACUAACCGUCAUGAGAUCUGCCGUGUGGACCUUGUAAAGAGGGACUACACCCAGGUGGUGCCCACCCAGAAGAACGUGGUGUCCCUGGACGUUGACGUGGCCAACCACCGCAUGUUCUGGUGCGACCGCUUCCACCGCAAGAUCUACAGCUCGCUGAUUCAGGAGGCGAGUGACCUGGCCAGGCAGGCCAUCCUGCUGGACUCCCUGGUGUCCCCGGAGGGCCUGGCCCUGGACUGGCUCCAGAACAACCUGUACUGGACCGACUCUGGGGACAAGAGCAUCUCGGUGGCGUCGGCCAACGGCGCCAGGCGCCGCGUCCUCGUCACCACGGAGCUGAGCGAGCCCAGAGCCAUAGCCCUGGACCCCCAUCACGGGUUCAUGUACUGGUCCGACUGGGGCAGCAGAGCCAGGAUAGAGAAGGCUGGCAUGAAUGGGGUGGACAGACAGGUGCUGGUCUCUGACAACAUCCAGUGGCCCAAUGGCAUCACCCUGGAUGUGGCUAACAGGCGUCUGUACUGGGUGGACUCCAAGCUGCACCUCAUCUCCAGUGUGGACCUGAACGGAGCGUAUCGCAGGACACACCUGUCCUCAGCUGAGAGCCUGGGACACCCCUACGCCCUGGCGGUGUUUGAGGACCGUGUUUACUGGACAGAUAGAGAGAGAGAGGCAGUGUACAGUGCUAACAGGUUGACGGGUCAGGACAUCAACACGCUGGCCGAGAACCUGAACGACCCCCACGACAUAGUGGUCUUCCACCAGCUCCGCCAGCCACAAGGCCCUGACAGCUGUAACCUGGGGGGCGUGGCCAACGGCGGCUGCGAGUACCUGUGUCUGAAGGCUCCACAGAUCACAGAACACUCGCCCAAGUACACGUGCGCCUGCCCGGACGGCCAGGACCUGGGCCCCGACAUGAGGGGCUGCGUGCCAGCCGUCUACAACGCCACCACUCCCCCGACGAUAAACGUAUCCGGCACCACGGCGCCGGUUGCCAAGGACCCAGCGGGGGUGUCCCAAGCGGAUGCCGUUCCCCACCUGACCCCGGCCCCUUCCAGUGCCCCGGAGCCCCUGGGGACCGUCAGCCCCCGGUCCGGGAGGGACGGGGCGGGGGCUGGGGGCUCCAGACCCCCGCCUGCAGCCUCCGUCGUCACCUCCACCCUGGCAGGACCUGGGAACAGCAACGUGCUGAAGGAGGACAGCAACCUCUCCCACCACUCUGGCAGUGAACAUUUCCUUCUGGGAGAGAACCUGACAGUGGCUGUUCUGGGGGUGGUCAUCCCCAUAGUCCCUAUCGUUGCCACAGUGGUGUUCGGCCUGGUCUGCAGCGGCGUCUACCUGGUGUGGCGCAACUGGCGGCGCAACUCCACCAAGAGCAUGAACUUCGACAACCCCGUGUACCGCAAGACCACGGGCGAGGGCGAGGAGGACGAGAUCCACAUCGGCCGGACGGACGGCGUGGGCCACCAUGCGCACCACCACCCGUACCCCCCCGGGGUGGGGGUGGUGGGCGGGGGAGGGAGCACCUGCCCGCAGUUCAUCGCCCUGCCACUGGGGGGCAGCAUGCCGGACCCGGGGACUCACUGGUACACCGAGCAGCCCAUGCUCUCCAGUGCUGCCAAGUGACCAAUGGGAG